AAACUUUUCUUUUCAGAGAGCUGGCUAUAUGCCAUAUAUGAAAUUAUACAAGUUUGAAUUGUGAUUUUCCUGCAACAUGUCACUCACAAUAUUAGCAUUGCUUCUGCUGCUAUCAAUGAACCUUGUAAAUGGUCAGAACAAUAAUAACUCGUCCGUUGAAUGCCCCUUUCGUUUAUCUUGUUCAAGCAACAAGCAACAAUACCUUGAGUUUCCCUCAAAACCUGUAUCAAAAAAAUUCCUUAUCAGAGACAUAGAUUGCAAAUUGAAACACUUAGUCCUAUCUGACCCACAAAACUGUCUUCCUAGUCUCUUUUUAACAAACAAUUUUUCAUUAUUUUAUCCUUUUCAAUCAGAUUUUUCCUACAACAACAUUACUUUCUUUAAUUGCUCUUCAGUUGGAGUACACCAUCUGAAAAGCUGGGACCAAAGAAACCCUGAUGUUCAAGACAUGCUGUCUUGUCCGAUUUAUGCUACCGAUUCUACUGAAAGUGUCGUCGAAUUGGACUUAUUAAGCUGCACAAGAAUGUUCAAUAAAGUUUUGCCAGUAACAGCAAGUUAUUAUAUAAGGUAUAAUGCGCUCAGCUUGAGUUGGUCAGAAACAGCUUUUCCUAGUCAAUGUUUAGAAUAUGAUCAGAUACACAACAAAUCAAAGAAGAACCUCACAUCCAUUAUUUUAGUAACAACAGGAGCAAUUGUUGGUUCAACUAUGCUGGUUGUUUUGAUUGGUGUUUUUAUUCGAGUUUAUGUCCAUUUUAGGACGAAAGGGGAAGAUCAAAUGAGACUUGAAAACUUUUUGAAGGAUUAUGAAGCGUCAAAGCCAACUAGAUUUUCUUAUGCAGAUAUCAAGAGAAUUACGGAUCAGUUCAAAGAAAAGCUAGGCGAAGGAGCUCAUGGAGCUGUCUAUAAAGGUAAAUUAUCGAAUCAAAUUAUGGUUGCUGUGAAGAUGCUUAGUAAUACAGAGGGAGAUGGGAGUGAGUUCAUAAAUGAGGUGGGAACUAUGGGAAAAAUCCAUCAUGUUAAUGUUGUUCGGUUGCUUGGCUUUUGUGCCGAUGGAUUUUAUCGUGCUCUGGUUUAUGACUUUUUCCCGAAUGGUUCGUUGCAAAACUUCAUUUCUUCACCCGACAACAAGGAUGUUUUCCUUGGUUGGGACUUAUUGCAACAAAUUGCUCUAGGCAUUGCCAAUGGGAUUGAGUAUCUUCACCAAGGUUGUGAUCAUAGAAUUCUUCACUUUGAUAUCAAUCCCCACAAUGUCUUGUUAGAUGACAAUUUCAUUCCAAAAAUAUCGGACUUCGGUUUAGCGAAGCUGUGCUCUAAAAAUCAUAGCACUGUAUCGAUGACUGCAGCCAGGGGAACAUUAGGUUACAUGGCACCUGAAGUUUUUUCUCGAAACUUUGGGAAUGUCUCUUAUAAGUCUGAUAUAUACAGCUACGGUAUGUUGUUGCUAGAGAUGGUUGGAGGAAGAAAGAAUACUAAAACAACUACUGGUGGCGAAGAAAAUUUCCAAGUUCUGUAUCCAGAUUGGAUCCAUGGUUUACUUGAAGGUGGAGACGUAUAUAUCCCAAUUGAUGAAGAGGGAGAUUGUAGAAUUGCAAAAAAACUAGCAAUUGUCGGACUUUGGUGCAUUCAGUGGCACUCCGUGCAUCGGCCGUCCAUGAAAACUGUGGUGCAGAUGCUUCAAGGAGAGGGAGACAAAUUAAAAGUUCCCACCAAUCCUUUCAAUGCUUCAGUAUCAACUAAUAGAACUGUAAAUACUGUUCCAGGAUGUCUGAAUGUAGAACUAGAUGUCAUUCAAGAAUUAGACUAGAUUAUAGAAUUAAUAUGGCAACUUGAAUGUUGUAAAGAUAUAAUGGCCAAUUCAGCAAUAUACUGUUAAAAUUGAAGUAGUGUAGAGUUGAAUGUCUUGGAAGUAAAAUGUCUUUGGAUUAAUAUAGUUUAUUUUUUAUUUUUUAAAAUUAAAAAUAUUUGUACCCAUUAGUUCUUUUGAUUGAA